AUGGGGGACGCUGCUGGAAUGGAGGGUUCAUCCCUGGCCAAAAUAUUUGUUGGUGGACUUGAUCGUUCCGUAGAUGAGGUGAGGCUCUCCAAAAAAAUGUCGCGUUAUAUCUCUUCGAGCUUUUUCUCACUUAUUGCUUUCGCAUUAGCGUUAAUUCUCAAUUCAUUCGGCGUGGAAAGUUCUCUAUAUCAAAUGUACUGA